UUAUUACGGAGUUAUCAAGCACGCGCAAGUCACAUGAUGCGCAGAUCUGGGUCACUUGGACAUGGGGUUUAGGUUUAUUGAUCGCUUCUGGAUAGCCGUGGGGGUGGUGCUCGCCCUGGGGGUGCUGCCAGGGUCCAAGGGUAAGCAGUGUGUGGGCUUGGGACCAUGUAUGUGUGUGUUCGACGACGGUAGUGGCACAGCCGAUAUGACGACCACGGGAAACACUGAUGGAACGGCAAAGUACGCAGACUACACCGCCCUCUACGACUCCUUCCUCUACUCUUACAACCCCUGCUACUCCUUCACAGAGAACUCGUGCACUGAUGCUGCGAUGUGCCAGAGUGACUACAGCCAGCAAUCGUGGAAGACUGGCGAACAGAGUACAGCCACUUGGUCUUUUGACGGGACAAACAUCCAGGUCUACUAUAGUGCCAACACUGACGUCAUGAGGGAAUCCUUCAUCACCGUGAUCUGCGACAAGGGGUAUGAUGAACCUUUUGUGGAGAUCCAGGGAGAGGAAACAGAGGGGUCAGCACAAUAUUAUGGACGCAUAACCUCGAAGUGCGCAUGUCCAGACGGUUGUCACAAGACAACUUAUAAUUCCAACGUGGAGGUUACUCUAACCGGAGGAUCCAUACUGCUUAUAAUAUUAUUUGUGUUGAUUUCCGUAUAUCUGGUGGGCGGGGUCACCUACAACAAAUACAGGCGCCAGGCCACGGGGAUAGAGGUACUGCCCAACUCGUCGUUCUGGGGAGCUCUUCCUGGACUCGUUAAGGAAGGUGUUUGUUUCGUCCUAGGCUGUGUUCGGAGAGGUGGUGGACAGAAAUCAUCCUACCAAAAUAUAUGAUACACUAGAGUCACAUCAUUAUAUACUCACCUACAAAAUAAAUGCACCCUAUGCAACAACGAAGACUACAUCACCCAUGUGUUCCAGAACAUUAAUUAAUCAUUUCAUUCAAAAGUCAGAUGGAAGAAAUUAAUAAAGGGAUGGUCCCACGUUUUGAAAUGAAGGCAAACAAAUGGAACAGAAAGUAAAGUGUAUUUAAACCAUAAAAUAUAACAUGAAGAACAAUGUUUCUAUUUUCUUCCUUGGAGUGAUUGUAUUAUUUAGCAGGUACUUGUUAUGCCAUGACAAUGAUUUUCUUGAUCCUGGAUCGGGAAAUUGAUAUUUGUGGUAUUAAAAUGCUUAUUCUACCCUGUC